AUGCCCCAGAACUCCAGUGGCCAUGGACAUGCCUCUAGUCCUGCUCACUUGUGGGCCCCACCCACAGUCCAGCUGUCCAAUCACAGGGGGCUGCGGUGGUCCAGAGCCAUGCCCAUCCGUUGGCCCCUAUGGCCCCCUCACAGGGUGCCCAAUUCCAGCGACUCAAGGUUGAAGACGCUCUGUCCUACCUGGACCAAGUGAAACUGCAGUUUGGGAAUCAGCCUCAAGUCUACAACGACUUCCUUGACAUCAUGAAAGAGUUCAAGUCACAGAGCAUCGACACUCCGGGCGUGAUCAGCCGUGUCUCCCAGCUCUUCAAGGGCCACCCAGACCUCAUCAUGGGAUUCAACACCUUCCUGCCGCCGGGCUACAAGAUCGAGGUCCAGACCAACGAGCAGGUCAACGUGACCACGCCAGGUCAGAUCCACUACAUCACCCCGCACGGCAUCUCGGUCCAGAACCUCCCCGUUACGGGACCACCCAGCCAGCCGGUGCCCCAUCAUCACCAGGCCCUGCAGCUGCCCAGUGGACCCCCCACCAGCACCGCCACAGCCAGCACCGCUCUACCCACCCAGCCUACACCGACCAAGACCAGCAAG